AUGGCAUGGCACCAGCGCGUUUCUGACUUGCUGGAGGGCGAAACGUUCGAUAUGGUCUGCGAGUUGAAGUACGACGGACUCGCCGUGGCACUCACCUACGAGGACGGCGUGUUCGUGCGCGGUGCGACUCGCGGCAACGGCACAGUCGGCGAGGAUGUGACGCUCAACCUGCGUACCAUCAAGAGCAUUCCGCUGCGCCUGCUGAGUGAAGAUGUUCCUCAGAGACUAGAGGUGCGCGGCGAAGUAUAUUUCCCAAAGUCGCUGUUCGCCAAGUUCAACGAAGAGCGCGCCGCUCGUGGCGAGCAGACUUACGCCAACCCGCGCAACACGGCGGCAGGCUCAUUGCGCCAGCUCGACCCGCGCAGCACCGCAGAGCGGCCGCUAGACAUCUUCAUCUAUUCACUGGGAUACGCUGAGGGCGGCGACAUGCCCGCCUAUCACUGGGAGAUGCUUCAAUACCUAAAGCGACUUGGUUUCAAAGUCAGCGCCGACAGCCGCCGCGUACAGACUCCGGAAGAUGCGAUAGCCUUCUACAAGCACUGGGUAAAGAACGCAGAGGAGGACUUGGACGCUGCUGCCGACGGUGUGGUCGUGAAGGUGGACAAUCUUGACUACCAACGGCAUCUUGGCGUCGUGGGCAGGGAGCCGCGCUGGGCGGUUGCCUAUAAGUUUCCGGCGGUGCAGGAGAUAACCCGGCUGCUGGACAUUCGCGUCAACGUGGGCAGGACUGGCAGUAUCAACCCUUACGCCGUGCUGGAGCCCGUGAACAUCGCGGGCGCGACUGUCAGGCAGGCGACGCUGCACAACGAGGACUACAUCCGCGGCAAAGAUCUGCUCAUCGGCGACUGGGUUGUCGUCGAGAGGGCAGGGGAGGUCAUCCCGCAGGUCGUCAGUGUCAUCGCCGACAGGCGCGACGGGAGCGAGCGUGAUUUUCGUAUGCCCGCAGCCUGCCCAAGUUGCGCUGAACUCUGUGGUCAGCCCCGAAGACGAGGCGAUGUCAUACUGUGA